AUGUUUGCGCUACGACGGACAAUGGCUACGAUGAGCCCUCAGGCCUCGAUCCUGAAGCAGGCCGGCAAGGUGGUCUGCAUUGGCCGCAACUACGCCGACCACAUUGCAGAACUGUCCAAUGCCAAGCCCAAGCAGCCCUUUUUCUUCCUCAAGCCGCCGUCGUCGAUGCUGCUCCCCGGCGAAGGCCCCUGCGUGCGUCCCAAGGGCGUGGACAUGCACUUUGAGGUUGAGCUGGCGCUCGUCAUGGGCAAGACUGUGCGCGACCUGAAGCCCGACGACCUGACGGGUGCUCUGGAAGCCAUCAAGGCGUACGCCAUCGCCAUUGACAUGACGGCGCGCAACACGCAAAACGAGGCCAAGCGCAAGGGCCUCCCCUGGGACAUUGCCAAGGGCUUCGACACGUUCCUGCCCAUGAGCGGCGUGAUCCCCAAGGAGGCCAUUGCCGACCCGCACGAGGUCGAGCUCUUCCUCGAGGUCAACGGGCAGGUCCGGCAGCGCGGGUCCACCAACCUCAUGAUCUUCCGCAUCCCGCGCAUCCUCAGCGACAUCUCCAGGGUCAUGACGCUGCAGCCGGGCGACGUGGUGCUGACGGGCACGCCCGCCGGCGUCGGCCCCGCGGUCCCCGGCGACAAGGUCCGCGCGGGCGUGCGCGUCGCUGGUCGGGAGCUCCUCGAGGGCAAGAUUGAGGUCGUGGUGGAGGAGUCUACCAGGGACUACGAGUUUGCCGAGACGUAA